CAGAGACUUCCUUCUUCUUCUUUCCUUCUCCUCUCAUCUUCUUCUUCCUUGAGCUUUGCUACCAUAGAUACGAUAGUUCUUGCAUGGACAAGGGCCACCUGCUCGCCUUCCUCGGCCUGCCGUUGCACUUGCACGGGAGGAUGUCGGCAGACGACCCAGGCGGCAGCAGGAGGUCCGUCGAGGUCGACUUCUUCUCCGACGACAACAAGCAGACCUGCGUCGUCGAGCGCGAUGAGCCGCGAGCCGCCAGCAGCGGCCUCGCCAUCAACAAGGAGGACCUCACCAUCAACCUCCUUCCCGCGGCCACCCACGACGAGGAGACGAAACCCAAGGAGGAGGUAGAGUUGCAGGCGGAGCUGGGCCGCAUGAACGAGGAGAACCAGCGCCUGCGGGGGAUGCUCGCGCAGGUCACCACCAGCUACCAGGCGCUGCAGAUGCAUCUCCUCACCCUCAUGCAGCAGGCACAGCACCAGCAGGCGCCGGCACCCCUGGCCGCCGUGGCGCCCAUCGCUCCGCCGCCGCGACAGUUGCAGCUCGACCAGCAGCCGGCGUCCAACUCGUCCACGGAGGUGGGCAGCCCGCGGCGGUCGUCGUCCACCGCCAACAACAAGGAGGACAGCCCGGAAGCCACCGGGGGGCCGGCGGAAGGACGGCCGCAGCAGCUGGAUCAGGCGAGCAUGAGGAAGGCUCGCGUCUCGGUGCGCGCGCGCUCCGAAGCUCCGAUCAUCGCCGACGGUUGCCAGUGGCGCAAGUACGGCCAGAAGAUGGCCAAGGGCAACCCCUGCCCGCGAGCCUACUACCGAUGCACCAUGGCCAACGCAUGCCCCGUGCGCAAGCAGGUGCAGCGCUGCGCCGACGACCGCUCCAUCCUCAUCACCACCUACGAGGGCACGCACAACCACCCGCUGCCGCCCGCCGCCAUGGCCAUGGCCUCCACCACCUCCGCCGCCGCAUCCAUGCUGCUCUCGGGCUCCAUGCCCAGCGCCGACAACAGCUUCCUCGCGCGCGCCGUGCUGCCCUGCUCCUCCAGCAUGGCCACCAUCUCCGCGUCCGCGCCCUUCCCCACUGUCACGCUCGACCUCACCCACGCCCCGCCAACCGCCGCCGCCGCCGCGCGACCGCCAGCGCCGCUUCCGCUGCUGCCGCCACCGCAGGCGCCGCCGCUCUACAACCAGUCCAAGUUCUCCGGCCUGCACAUGUCCUCGUCGCCGGAUGCUGGUACAACAACGCCCCUGCCGACCGGGAUCGGGCUGGCCGACACCGUCAGCGCCGCGGCGGCCGCCAUCACGGCGGAUCCCAACUUCACGGUGGCGCUGGCGGCGGCCAUCACGUCCAUCAUAGGAGGCGGCGGCCAGCAGCAGCACGGCAGCAGCAACAACAACAACAAUGUCACGAGCAGCAGUAACAACACGGCGACCAGCAACAACACCAACAGCGAGACCCAGUGAAUAUAUCAGCUGCUGAAAUGAUUUUAUUUGCAUCAAUUGCAGCUAGCAGCACAGGUUGUAUUGAUUCGUUAAAUCCAUUUUUAAUUCUUGCUGAUUCUUCUAGGGUUUAGUUAGUUAGUUCCUGCCAAGGCACAGGCUGACAGGCGGGCAUGCAGCUAGCUAGCUGUUGAUACAAACAAACUCCAUAUAUUCAAAUUAAUAAUAUACUGCACAACAAUACUACAUAUAAUAACAGGAUCCUGCAGGUGACAGAAUUUCCGA